AUGAGGCUCCGGGGACGCGAUCCUCGCGCCGCCCCCUCCUCCAGCGCAGGGGCCGGCGACGCGCGGCGGCAGGCGCCCCCGGGGCGGAACCCUUUCGUGCACGAGCUGCGCUUGGGCGCCCUGCAGAAGGCCCAGGUGGCCGUCUUGACGCUGACGCUCUUCCCUGUCCGGCUGCUGGCUGUCGUCCUCAUGAUGCUGCUCGCCUGGCCGCUGGCGCUUGUGUCUUCGCUGGGACCCGCCGGGCAGGAACCGGAGCAGCCGCCGGCUUUGUGGCGGAGGGUCGUGGACGUGCUGCUCAAGGCCAUCAUGCGUACCAUGUGGCUCGCCGGCGGCUUCCACCACGUGGUCGUGAAGGGGCGGCAGGCGCCGCCCACCGAGGCCGCCAUCUUCACCCUGGCUCCACACUCCUCGUACUUCGACGCCAUCCCCGUCACCAUGACGAUGUCCUCCGUCGUGAUGAAGGCGGAGAGCAGAGACAUCCCCAUAUGGGGAACUCUGAUAAAGUACAUCCGGCCAGUGUUCGUGUCCCGGACAGACCAGGAAUCCCGCAGGAAGACGGUGGAGGAAAUCAAGAGGCGGGCACAGUCUGGUGGGAAGUGGCCACAGAUAAUGAUUUUUCCAGAAGGCACGUGUACCAAUAGGACCUGCUUAAUCACCUUCAAGCCUGGUGCCUUCAUCCCGGGGGUCCCCGUCCAGCCCGUGGUUUUGCGGUACCCGAACAAACUGGACACCAUCACGUGGACGUGGCGAGGCCCGGGAGCGUUGAAAAUCCUGUGGCUCACGCUGUGCCAGUUUCACAAUCAAGUGGAAAUUGAGUUCCUCCCCGUGUACACGCCCUCGGAGGAGGAGAAGAAGGACCCCGCCCUGUACGCCAGCAACGUGCGCCAAGUCAUGGCAGAAGCCCUGGGCGUCGCCGUGACUGACUACACGUUCGAGGACUGCCAGCUGGCCCUGGCGGAAGGCCAGCUCCGUCUCCCCGCCGACACCUGUCUUCUGGAGUUUGCCAGGCUGCUCAGGGGCCUGGGACUAAAACCAGAAAGACUUGAACAGGAUCUGGACAGGCAUGCAGAAAGCGCCAGAAUGACGCAGGGCAGGAGGGUGACGCUCCCUGAGUUCGCAGCGCAGCUGGGGGUCCCCAAGUCUGAGUCGCUGGAGGACCUGUUCUCCCUAUUUGAUGAGGGCGGCGGCGGGGAGGUGGACCUGCGUGAGUACGUGGUCGCCCUGUCUGUCGUCUGCCGGCCAGCCCGGACCCUGGACACCAUCCAGCUGGCGUUCAAGAUGUUCGGGUCACAGGACGGCAGUGUCGAGGAGCACGCCCUGUCCAGCAUCCUCAAGACGGCCUUGGGGGUGGCGGAGCUGACCGUGACCCACCUCUUCCGGGCCAUAGACCAAGAGCGGAAGGGCAGGAUCACGUUUGCCGACUUCGAGAGGUUCGCGCAAGCGAACCCCGACUUCGCAGAGGAAUACCUGUACCCCGAGCAGACGCGCCCCCGGAGCCGCGCCCGGACGCCCCCGGCUCCCACCCCCAACGGCUUCUGCGCCGACUUCAGCCCCGAAAGCUCGGCCACUGGGACGGAGCCUGUUCGCAAGAAGCUGGACUAGGGCGGAAGGGUCUGGGGAGGCCAGGCCUGUGCUCAGCCGCCAGCCCGUCUCACACUCCCGCGAGUGCUGCCCCUGCCCUGCCCUCGGCCGGGCCCGGGGUGGGCCGGGCCGGGCGGCCCUUGCACGCCGCCCGAAGGAAAGCCACAGCAGCUCGCGGGGCAGCUCCGGCCCCGCUUCUGAGCGGCGCGCGGGGGGCCCUCAGUUGCUUUGUCCUCACCUCGAGCCCCCCAUCCUCUCCCUGGGCCCUCCGGUCCGGUCCGGUCCGGGCAGUGCGGACCAGCGGCCUCCACGGGCACGUGAAGGCGUGACUCCCGCCCGCGUGUGGACUCCAGCGCAGUCCCCGCCGCCCUCCGCGGAGCCCGCGGGCAGGGCCGCCGUCCCGUUUUUAAGCAUUUCUAUAUUUGCAGGAGCUCGUGAGCCUUUUGUAAACUUCAUUUAGAUACUUCAGGAAACAUUCAGCCUUUUUUUUUACGAGAAGAGAAUCGUUUUUCUACUUCGUUUUCCUUUGAGGGUCAGAGGAUAUUUAUUUAUAGGCCCUUUUUUGAUAGAUCUGGGGCUCUCUGGGGCUUUGAGUUGACCUUCUCUCCAGCCCCUCCCAUCUGGGCAGCCCCCCUGCCCUGCCCCAGCAUUGGGGCGCCACAGGCACCCCAUCCUGAGCCGCCUUCCUGCCGCCUCAGCCCUUCUCAGCCCCGCUGCUCUUACACCAGCCUGGGGUUUCUGUUUUGCGGUGACCAGAUCCACUUCAGCGAGCGCAGGCUGGGACCAGAGCCCUGAGCGUGGGGAGGGGAAUCCGGCCGCUGUGGAAACCGGCGGGGGCGCCUGUCUCCCCGGCUGGCACUCCAAGGGCACAGUCAGUCCCCAGGAGGCUUCGCCAGCCACUGACUCCCCCCA